AUGGAUGCGAUGAAAGUGGUCACCGUGAUCCAGAGGUCAGACGACAAACAUGCUCGUGGAGCCAACACAAAUGAUGAGGCAACAAAUGAGAGCUAUGAAUAUGCUUCGGGAGAGGAAAUUCACGUCAAUAAUCCAUAUGGAAAUUCUUCGGAGUCAGGUCCAAAGGGGACGAAGGACUCCGAUCAACAGCAAGCAAGUGAAGCUGACGCCGGUCCAGCGACUGUUCAGGGCGUCCCGGCUACUGCAACUGCUGCUGGACCGGCAGCAGUGCAACAGCCAGUGGCAGCUGCUUUUGGAGGAGCCUCUGCAACUCGUUUGCAGAAGGAGCCGCCCUUCGCCCCCCCCGAAGGGGAUUACGGCGACGAAACCGAACGUGAAACGAUGACAGAUCUUAUUUACAGGUCGCCAUCCAGCGGGCCUGGCACGCCAGACUUUGGAUUUCAGGAGGUUGACACCGAUUUCGUAUCCAAGGCAGCAGCCCAUUUGAAAGCCCAGCUCUCUGGGGAUCAGGCCUGUGUUCGGCUCAAAGAGGAAUUGGCGGAGAUGGAAGCAGCCAAGGCCACCGCAGAGGCGAGGGCACCUGCACGGACACCCUGA